AUGGCAAGCCCGUCGUGUGGUCGUGCCGAGUCCGCCUCUGAAGUACUGUUGUACGUGUACGACCUGUCCAACGGAAUGGUCAAGGCACUGUCCCCCGCCCUCAUAGGCAAAGAACUUUCCGGCCUUUGGCACACGGGCAUCGUCCUGCGUGGCACAGAGUACUACUUCGGCUGCUUGGGCGUCGACAGCUCCCCGGCGGGGAAGACCGGCCUCGGGGAUCCGCACCGGAUCGUCAGCCUCGGUCACACCGAGCUACCUCACGACGUCUGCGUGGAGUAUAUCCGAGACCUGGCCAGGUACAGCUACAGGCGCAGCUCGUAUGACCUGUUCCGCCACAACUGCAACCAUUUUUCCGAAGACCUGUCCUUGUUCCUGACCGGCAACUCCAUACCGAUGGAUAUUCGUGAACUGCCCGACGACUUCUUGAGCACGCCUAUGGGAAACAUGAUGCAUUCCUUCCAGCACAUGUCGGACGAGGCCCUUAAGGCGCUAGAACAGCAUUCUGUUCAUGAACAACAACGAAACCCGCAGAGUCCUCGCCCACCACAAUGA